AUGGCUCCAGCGUCAGGAGACAAAACAACAACAAUAGCAGCCGCAGGAUUCAAUUACAGACAGAGAGAGCGCGAGAUAGAGCUGCUGAUCGUUCUGCUGCCUCCAGAGAUACUACAUACCAGUCAAUAUGGGCCUGACCCGACCCACCAUCUAACCAAACACCCGACCCAGGACCUGACCCAGGAUCUGAGCCAGGACCUGACUCAGGGCCUGACCCAUGUAGAGGACUCUGUUCUAAAGGCCUGGUCCCCCCGGAGGAACCAGGAAGAAUCAGGAGGAGCAGGAGGAACCAAGAAGAAUCAGGAGGAACCAAAAAGAAUCAGGAGGAGCAGGAGGAACCAGGAAGAAUCAGGAGGAGCAGGAGGAACCAAGAAGAAUCAGGAGGAGCAGGAGGAACCAAGAAGAAUCAGGAGGAGCCGGAGGAACCAGGAAGAAUCAGGAGGAGUAAGAGGAACCAGAAAAAAUCAGGAGGUGCUGGAGGAACCUGGUUCCACAAACGCAUUCCUUGAGCAACACAUCCCUCCUCAACCUCUUCAUCUGCGGAACAAAAGAUGCUCCAGGCGCCGCGGGAGGGGGCUGGCUCUGAGCCGAGUGCUGUCACCUGUUUAUCAGCUCCGUGACGUCUCAAAGGUCAUCAACACAACGAGCCUCAUCAUCUGUCACAGAGAGAGAGCCGACAUCCUGAACCCAACAACAAUCGAGCCUUCAUGCCUCUCGCUAAUUAUCAUUCUGAGGAUGCAGCCAUUAGCGCGCUCCAGUGCCUCCCAGUGUGCCAGGCCGGACUGGGCCAGGAGCCAGCCACAACAGAGGGCCCAUUCAUCCAGGAGAGCCGGGAAACUCCGCCAGCAUCACCACUCACCGUCCGAGGCCCCUGUCGGCAAGGAGACAGACCUGGCAACCACCGGAGAGGAGCAGGCCCUAAAGGAGACAGACCUGGCAACCACCAGAGAGGAGCGGGCCCUGAUGGGGAAAGGCCUGAACCCGCGGCUUUAG